AUGGGAGGCGUCCAAGUCAGUGAAGGAGGCACCUGCAUCAGGAUGGGAGGCGUCCAAGUCAGUGCAGGAGGCAUCUGCAUCAGCAUGGGAGGUGUCCAACUCAGUGCAGGAGGCAUCUGCAUCAGGAUGGGAGGCGUCCAAGUCAGUGAAGGACGCAUCUGCAUCUGGAUGGGAGGUGUCCAAGUCAGUGCAGGAGGCAUCUGCAUCAGGAAGGGAGGCAUCCAAGAGGCAUCUGCAUUAGGAUGGGAGGCGUCCAACUCAGUGCAGGAGGCAUCUGCAUCAGAAUGGGAGGUGUCCAAGUCAGUGCAGCAGACAUCUGCAUCAGUAUGGGAGGUGUCCAAGUCAGUACAGAAGGCAUCUGCGUCAAGGUGGGAGGCACCCAAGCUGGUGCAGGAGGCAUCUGCAUCAGGAUGGGAGGCAUCCAAGUCUGUGAAGGAGGCAUGUGCAUCAGGAUGGGAGGCGUCCAAGUCAGUGAAGGAGGCAUCUGCAUCAGGAUGGGAGGCGUCCAAGUCAGUGCAGGAGGCAUCUGCAUCAGGAUGGGAGGUGUCCAACUCAGUGCAGGAGGCAUCUGCAUCAGGAUGGGAGGCGUCCAAGUCAGUGAAGGAGACAUCUGCAUCAGGAUGGGAGGUGUCCACGUCAGUGCAGGAGGCAUCUGCAUCAGGAUGGGAGGCGUCCAAGUCAGUGAAGGAGGCAUCUGCAUCAGGAUUGGAGACGUCCAAGUCAGUGCAGGAGGCAUCUGCAUCAGGAUGGAAGGUGUCCAACUCAGAGGCAUCUGCAUCAGGAUGGGAGGUGUCCAAGUCAGUGCAGCAGGCAUCUGCAUCAGUAUGGGAGGGGUCCAAAUCAGUGCAAGAGGCAUCUGCAUCAGGAUGGGAGGUGUCCAACUCAGUGCAGGAGGCAUCUGCAUCAGGAUGGGAGGCGUCCAAGUCAGUGAAGGAGGCAUCUGCAUCAGGAUGGGAGGUGUCCAAGUCAGUGCAGGAGGCAUCUGCAUCAGGAUGGGAGGCAUCCAACUCAGUGCAGGAGGCAUCUGCAUCAGGAUGGGAGGCGUCCAACUCAGUGCAGGAGGAAUCUGCAUCAGAAUGGGAGGUGUCCAAGUCAGUGCAGGAGGCAUCUGCAUCAGUAUGGGAGGCAUCCAAAUCAGUGCAGGAGGCAUCUGCAUCAGUAUGGGAGGCGUCCAAGUCAGUGCAGGAGGCAUCUGCAUCUGGAUGGGAGGCGUCCAAGUCAGUGAAGGAGGCAUCUGCAUCAGGAUGGGAGUCGUCCAAGUCACUGAAGGAGGCAUCUGCAUCAGGAUGGGAGGUGUCCAACUCAGUGCAGGAGGCAUCUGCAUCAGAAUGGGAGGCGUCCAACUCAGUGCAGGAGGCAUCUGCAUCAGAGUGGGAGGUGUCCAAGUCAGUGCAGCAGGCAUCUGCAUCAGUAUGGGAGGCAUCCAAAUCAGUGCAGGAGGCAUCUGCAUCAGGAUGGGAGGCGUCCAAGUCAGUGCAGGAGGCAUCUGCAUCAGGAUGGGAGGCAUCCAAGAUGGGAGGUGUCCAAGUCAGUGCAGGAGGCAUCUGCAUCUGGAUGGGAGGUGUCGACGUCAGUGCAGGAGGCAUCUGCAUCAAGAUGGGAGGCAUCCAAGUCAGUUCAGGAGGCAUCUGCAUCAGGAAGGGAGGCAUCCAAGUAAGUUAA